CCCUCUCUCUCUGUUUUGAUAUUUACCUAUUGCAUUUCUUCAUGGCUAAGGUUAAAUUCUUCUAAUGUAAAUGUCAACUUUCAAUUGAUUUGUGCUAUGUCAGGCUAAAACCUCUGAUUUUAUGUGUAUUCGUUCUAAUUUUAUUUAUGGUUCAUAUCUGCGAUUUUAUCUCUUAUGCUAUAGAUAAUUUAACUGAAAAUGUAAAUUAGUUGAGUUAAAUGUACAAUCAGUUAAAUAAUGCUGUACUCAUUUUGACCAAGGUACUUGGUUAAUGACGAUAAUUCACAUAGUAAACUAGACUAUACUGAUAUAAGUUCUUGUUGGCCGUGAAGCAUUCCAAUUGUUUACCUAUCCAAAGAUAAUGGUGAAAUCUUCAACUUUUGGGUUGCUCGAUUGGGAUGGACGAGAAAUAGGAUUAUCGAUUUGGGUUUUUGGUAUGGGAGGUAUUGGAAAAUUCAAUAUGGUGUGUCAAAAGAAAACCUCGCCAUUACUCGGGACCAAUGGUCCAUUGGUCUAAGUAGUCUUCCCAAUACUGCUCUACGAUCUUUGGCAUUAGCAAUACUGCUCUACAAUCUUUGGCAUUAGCAAUAUAUACUCAUCCUCUUAUUAAGACGCACACCAAACAACUCUUUUCGGCUUCUUUUCCUUUUGUAGCAUUUCGCCCAAAGGGUAGAAGAGAGAUAGUGUACCAAGCUGUUCGCAAGAUUAUUGGAUGAUUUGUGGCUACAUGCUACAUUUUGGGGUAAAGUGAAAAUGGUGCUAAGACCCAAGGAUUGUGAUGACUGAUGUGUAUUUGCAGAACAACAAAGAGAGGAAAAGAUGGCGGGCACUCACAAAGCCGAUUAUUGAGUGUCCAAAUUCCCAUGCCCGGAGGCCCUCACUCAAUUAGGGUUGGCACAAUGUUUCAACGAGCUUUGUUAGGUGGGCCAACUAACGAUGCUCUUCAAUGGGGAUAAUGUCUUCUCCUAUAAAGUGCUCACACUAGAGUUUCUCUCCACUUUGGAGGUUAUCACGAACCGAACGGGCAUUAGAGCUAUCAGGUUUCGCAAGAGGAACGACCUGUAUGAGAUGACCAUGGAGGAUUUCAAGGGAACGUUGGGUUCACGACGGAUGACCAUAGAGAGCCGGAUGAGUUCGAUAGAAAUGCAUUCUAGAGGGCAAUUAUUGAGGAUGAUCCAAAAGGCAUGUGCAGGCCACCCAUUUGCCCGAUCACAACAAGACAGCAUGCAGCGGGACGAGCUCUUUCUCUUAUGGAGUCUCCUUCACAAGAGGUCGAUCAUCCUUGCCCAUUACAUGAUCAAGCACCUUGAACGGGCAUCCAAGAAGGAUAAAGGGACAUUAUGCAGUGGGGGUGUCAUAGGGUCUAUUGCACUCCAUCUGGGAGUAGACACUGAUUACCUCGUCAGGGACAUUGGGGAAUCCCGUUGGGACCAACACGAGGCAAACUGGAAUCAGUUCACUGAUUUCAACAACGCACAAUGGGCCAUCCAUGUUCAAUAUUAUCGAUUUGUGUUUUGGGUGUUUUUGGUAUGGGAGGUAUUGGAAAAUUCAAUAUGGUGUCAUAAAAAAAACCUUACCAUCUCUGGGACCAAUGGAUUUGGUGUCCUAAGAGCAUCAUUAACCCCGGCUCGGUUUCAGGCCUCAAGUCCUCUCCACGUCAUCAUUCCUCUACAGUUGCGGCCAUAACUGCUCUAACCCUGCAGGCC